AUGGCAGUACGGGACAACCGGCGACACCGACGAAUUCCUCACCACGACAUCCUUCUUCCAUCCCUGGCGAAAGAGUGGGUGAAUUUCGCGCACCAUAUCCAGGGCCACCGUCUACUGUGCCACCUCUUGGAUUUGGCUUCCAGGAUGACUCUGAGAUAG